ACAUCCAACAAGGAAUAUAAAAGCACCCAAAUUGUUCCAAAUAAAUAUCCAGUACAAACGGAAUGCAACGCAGAAUUUACUAGAUCACCCAACCGUCCCUUUUAGGGCACGUGUUUGAAGAGAACCAAAUAAAAAUAAGAUGGCAUCAGACCUGGUGAGUGACUAUGCUGAGCUUAUGCUGAACAGCCAGUACCGACAGAUCCUGUACGGGAAAGAGGGUCUGCCUCCCAAAGUGCGAUCUCCUUCCGCAGAAACCUUCACCAAGUCCUCGGAUGAAAAUAACGCAAUUGAUCACACGAAUCAUCUGGUAGCAAACGACCAGUGCCGCCCAUGGACACCCGUAGCACCGGAGGAGCCACAGGACCAUCAACAAGGCAAGACACCGCCCAACCUUCUGCAUAAUGAACCACAACUUCAGAAAGAAAAAGAUGAUCCGGUCUCAUCAUCCUCCUAUACCCUGGCCAGUGACAGCAGUCAGUACAGCCGCGAUGUAGACCUCUGGCUGAGGGGCACUCCGACUGAGAGUACUGGUGUUCAGAACAGCAGGGUCGCAGUGGUCCAGCGCUCCACCAUAGCCCCAUCUUCAUCAAUGGACGGCAUGUGGUACAUCAUUGCAAUGGUACUGCCUAUGUUCAGCGUCAAUAACUGCAUCCAGUGGAGAUGUACGCCAAGCACCGUCCUGAGCGCAGCAGAAUUCUUCCUGAAUCAACUUUCCCGGUUGUGUGGCCAUGCCCGCACUCACAUACGUCGUCUGGCCGGUGACCAGAUAGCCCGAGACCUCUUUGCAACAGCAAUGGACAUCGUGCUAGUGGUCUACGCCAUCGGAUUCCUCGUGUUAUCCCUGUACCAAGCUUCCAUAAUCGGUUAAACUCCAAUGAAGAAAGAAGUCCAUAAGUCCAAUAUCAAAACAGUGAAGUCAAAAAUUGCAUAUGUCCCGUAAUUUAUUUAGGUUAUAUCAGUUUAUAUAUAAACU